UAUGUGACCUAAAAUGAAAUCAUUUUAGAAUGCUGGAGCAAUAACAAGUCAUUAUGUCCUACAAAGGAUUUGGAUAUAUUGUGGAUUCCUGUCCCCUUAGUAAAGCAAAUACAACAGAGGCAGCUUCCAAACUGAACUGUAUUAAUGACGUGUUUGGACGUAGUCAGUAUGUCUGUGUUCCCAAUGAAAACCUGACAGCUGUUGUAGAAUUCUGUUAUACAAAGUCUAUUGUUUCUAUCAGGCUGGGUAUUGUCUGAAGACAAUAAAAGAUGGAUUUCUGGACCAGAUCAGCUGUAAAACCUUCACGGAAGGUUGCCCAACUGCACCAUACAGAAGUACAGAGCUUUAUAAAUAUCCAGCUUGCAGUCGUCUUAACACGGAGUUCCGAUGUUUUGCUGCUGAUUCUUUGUGUGUUUCGACUGCUAUAGAUGAUGGAUCCGUUGACAUAAGAGAAAUCCUCGGUGUCGUCCUACCUCUUCUAGUACUGGUUGGGAUUCUGAUAGCAGCCUUUCUAUAUUGGAGACGUCGGCAAAAAUUAAAGCAUCGCAGAGAGAUUUUAGAAGUAUGGUUAGGUGAUUGCAAAGUGUGGAGGACGAAGAUAUCAGAUCAGUUCACCACACUGACUGAUGACGAGGUGUUGGUGUUAUUCUGUUUUCUGUGUUCCGACUCCGGCCCUCCUGACUUCACUGACACAGAGUGGCUGGACAUGCUUAAUCAGAUACGACAGUUAGUGUACGGUAACUAUAAUCCUGUAACACGUGAGGAAGCACAGCAAACUCUGGACAGACUUACGUCACGUGAUUACCUUUGGGAAGAUCAGGACAAGAUAACGGAGGACAUAAAGGAUGAGACAAUAUAUAGGAUAGCUUCAAAAGACAUUGAUAUACCAUUCUGUUACAGUAGUUAUAACACAGCCAGUGUGUACCUGAGAUCACGGAGAUACAACAGAAAACCUGGAGAGAAGUGUGUCAUUAGCCUUGGUUGUGAUGACUUACUGAUACGCCGUCUACAGGUGAACAUACUGACUCACGUCACCAUGGAGGACACGAGUAUAUAUGAUGAGAUACACCAGGGAUUGAAUGUUUCAAUCCAAAUACAAAAGAACAACAAAGACAAAAGAAAACGAUUUUUAAUAGACCUCAGAAGAGAAGGGGAGUCUGUCCAUUACAUAGGAAGAUCACUGAACAGUGUAGAUCACGUGACGUGGCUCUGGAGACACGGGAGACCUGACAUCGUGAGAUCCUGUAUAGGUCUACAUCCACACUGGGAUAUCUACAUCAUCGACAACAAAGCUUAUAGAAAACCAAGCAAAUAUCAUAAUUAUUCUGAAGACCACAGAAGUUUUCUCUACAGUUUACUGUUGUGUGACAAGUACACUUCUGUUGUAAAUGGAGAUUCAAGUCAAAUCAAGUCAAUGUUGAGAAAGAUGCGUGAACGGUAUUUCGAAAACCUCUCUCCGUCUAAUGAUAUUGAUGUAAAACAGCUCAAGCACGAGGUCACUGAAACCCAGAAUAAUGAGGUAACAUUUGUGUCAGACGGCAUCCGACAUGACGUCAUGUAUGCUUUCGUCACGGAGUGUCUGGUGGAGGACAGUGAUCUGGAGUUUUUCCUGACCACGGCGUCACGUGACGUGAUCUCGGAAUACUGCCGGUCCUGGGGUUAUAAGAGGAGUAAGGGAGAGAGAUGUAUGUAUGUACCGAACUAUCCAGAGAAGAUGUACGACCUCUUCAUAGACAAACUACAGCUGGACAUCAUCACACACUGUACCGUGUCUGACUGGGGGAUUCAUGACAGGAUCAGUGAACGUU